AUGCGGUCCUCUUCUAUCACCCUCUUCGCCAUCCUGGCUUUCACCUCUUCGGUAUUCGCCGUUCCCGCCGGUCCCGUCGCUCCCCAGCCAUCGGCAGUACAGGUGAACACAAAUGCCGGCGUAAACGUCGGCUGGUGCACCUAUAGGAGGGAGGGGGUUACGACCCAAUGUAUGGCUGCUCCAAAGGGUCCUGCGCUGGACAAGACGGCAAACCAUGCAGCGGAGGCGAUGGCUACUACGUUUGCCCUGGAGCAUAGGAAUCGAAGGGGAACUAGACGUCGUUGGGGAUCGCAUGGAUGGAUGUGGGGUGGUCUGUCGUGGCGUCUACUGCUUGGGCGGUUUGACAGUACUCUUGAGAAGAGCCGGAAACUGGAUGCGCGUGCUGAGGUACAACCGAGGAGGGACUUAGCAGAGCUCGCCGGACCAGCUGCGGUUUCUCGCUUGAACUAG